GAGAGCAAACAUUUGAAUCUGCUCGAGACCAUCGUUAGCAGUUAGCACGAGCAGACCCCACUCUCUCUCUCUCUCUCUUCCCUCCAUGGAUGGCAUUAUGGUGCUUUGUUCACUUUACAAAUGGACUUUCAGCUUUUGAUUUGAAUUUGAAACUCCAGAUUUCCUCAGCCGAGAGGCCAUACCCAGAGCUCAAGCUUCGGGAAUCCUGAGGUUGUCUGGCUCAUGGGGGAAUCAUCCACCUGUCUGAUGCAGCCCUCCUCUUACACCCCAGUUCUAUCACCGACUGAAGCCAUUGAGGGCAACCCCAUCCACGCCCUCGGGCAGUCGGUUUCCUUCGGGAGGUUCACGUCGGAGUCCUUGUCUUGGGAGAAAUGGUCGACUUUCUCUCACAAGCGCUAUGUCGAAGAGGCCGAGAGGUACUCUCGACCGGGUUCAGUGGCCGAAAAGAAGGCCUUCUUCGAGGCUCAUUACAAGAAAAUGGCUGAAAAGAAGAAGGCCGAGGCCGAAGCAGCCCUGCUCGAGCAGGCGAAUGGCACUCCAGGUGAUGCCCCGGGAUCAGUUAAUGUGACAGAUAGUUACAAUUCAACCUUGGUAAAUAUGGAUUUGGAGAAGGUUGUCGAACAAAAUCAAGAGGUCGGAACGCAGAUUAGCGAUCAAGUUCCGUGCAAGGAAGAUGAUGAGAACGAGCAUGAAAAGGAGCAAGCUAAAUCACCUGAUGUGCAGAAAUCUCCAUUGAAGAGUUCUGUGCCUAAGAGCAAGGAGGACAGUUUCGCAACUCCAAAAAGUGAGACAAUUGUUGCAAUAAAUUCCAGGGAUAAGAAGCGGUCAGCUCACAAAUGGCUCAAGCCAUUGAAUUUUACACCUGUCAAGGAACUCAAUUUAUUGUCCUCAACAGUCAAGAGGAAGAUCGAUAAUUCCCGCACAGAUGGGAAUCGUGCCGAGCCAUCCAAAGACUGCUCGACUCCGUUAAAGACUCCAAUCAUGGUUCCCAGCGGCUCAUUGGCUUUAGUCACUCCUCAUUCUGAGCAACGGACAACAAAGAAUGAUAACGCUGCAGAAAGCAAAACUGGCAUGAAAAGGCGCUCGCUGGCUACAGAGUGCUCGAAGUUUCUGAAUGCAUGCAAGAACAAGUUACAGUCGCCGAAGAUAUCUACUCCCUUUAGAUUGAGGACAGAAGAGAGAGCUGCAAGAAGAAGAGAGAAGCUAGAAGACAAGUUCAAUGCAGAGAACGCACAAAAUGUCCCACCGAAAACAAAACUCAAGGAGAUAGCGGAAACGGAGUCAAGGAAAUGGCGUCCCACCUUUUGCUUCAAUGCUGGGCCACAUCCCACAGAUCGUAAAGAAAUGGGAAGAGCUGAGGAUCCGCUGAAACAGGUUCCAGCAGCACGUCCUCGGUCACCCAAGUCGGGAAGAAAGCACGAGACUGGAACAGCAAAGAGCGUUCCUUCUGUACCACUGCAAACCACUUCGAUCAAGAACAACGGCUCCAAGAAGUUACCAGGGAAAAGUUUUCAGACCACAUCCCGAUCUCGCACCCUGGAGAAUGUCAUGAGGACUCAUGAGAACACAUCUCCAAAUAUCCAGCAAGUAUGAAAGCAGGCACGUAGCAGCGAAAAAGAACAAUGUCUAGUUGUUGUUACCGUCCAAUUUGUGUGCGAGAGUGAAAGCUCGUCUGCAAUGAUACAUUUAUUCAUGUUCUUCGGUAGUACGAAUAACUCAGAAACUUCUUGAUGAACCCCCCCUAUACAUAAUUCGUCAAGUUCUUGUGUGUCCUAUGUGUAUAAUAGCAAGAAUUCUCCGCA